UUGAGUGAGGUUCGAUUGUGGUCGAGUAGAUCGCAGAGUGAGACAAAUAAGUAACGAUUGCAGCUGAAAUGGGGAAGCUCCUGCUGGUCUCUGGAAUUAUCAUGACGAUGUGCCUCGGCCCGAGCCUUGCACAGCUGCCGGCCAAUACCUGCUCGCAGUUUUUCGAGUACCAGGGAUAUAACAGACAGUACAUUGGCCUGGUCACAGUGCGUCACAAUCCGGUGGUGAACAAUCACACGCUCUUCCUGGAGUUCUCGCAGUCCGGAUUCUAUAACUGGGAAUUCGUGGGCAACGUUGCCAUAGUGACUGAUGAUGAGACGGUCAAGACUAAUCUCCGUCUGGGCUGGCCUAUCCAGUAUCGUGUGGACUUUCCCAUUCCCAGUCAGCCGCCCAAGGUCACCAGCAUCAGGGUGGACGAUGUGGAGCUCUGUGGUAAUAAUCAAUAUCCUCCACCGAAAACAGCCAUACGGCUGUCGCACACAGUCACCACCUCAAUCUCCCCGCUGUCUUCUUCUAUUGGGCGCAGCACGGUUCGUGCUGUAGAUGCAGUCCAGCAAGUCCGGCCCCAGCUACGGCCAUCAGUUCGUCCACCAAUCCGAACCCCAUCUCCAGUACGACCUUCAUCUCCAGUACUUCCUGCAAUUGAACCUCAGAGUGGUUUCAACUACGAAGAAUUCUGGGCCCGCGAACAGAACAGCACUCAGCGGCCGACCGUUAGUCGUGGACAGGACAGGGUCAGCCCGCAGACCAUAACACAGAGUGCACCCGAGAAUAGUUGGCCCAGGACUCCUCCGCAAACCUCCUCCAACAACAUUGUUUGCGGCCGUGAGAGAACCGUGACCACGCCGUUGAUCUUCCAGGGCACCCGAUUAGAGCGCGGGCAGCUGCCCUGGCUGGUGGGACUCUUUGAGCGUCGCGAGAGUAACGGCCCUAUCUUCUUCUGUGGAGGCACUCUUAUAUCCGCCUCCACGGUGCUGACAGCGGCACACUGUUUCCGGCAGCCAAACCGUGAUCUGCCGGCCAGUCGCACGGCCAUCUCUCUGGGGCGCAGCAGCCUGGACAUUUUAACGGAUGGUGAGUUCCGAGGAGCCUCCCAGCUGCUCAUCCACGAGAACUAUCAGAUUAAGCAGUACACGGAGGCGGAUCUGGCGCUGGUCAGGCUGGAUGAGCCCGUCAGCUUCAGCGACUACAUCGUUCCCAUUUGUCUUUGGAGCACGAGAAACCGCAUGGAUCUGCCGGAGGGAGUCCGGUCAUAUGUGGCAGGCUGGGGUGCGGAUGGGGAGGGCAACGGAAACACGGACGUAGCCAAAGUGACUGACCUCAGCAUUGUGUCCGACUCGAACUGCACCUUAGAGCUGCCCCAUAUCCUCGUCCAGCCGAGCACCCUGUGCGCCAAGAAGGUGGGUGCCGGUCCCUGUGGCAGUGAUGGUGGUGGCCCUCUGAUGCUGAGGGAGGACGAUGUCUGGUUACUGCGCGGCGUCAUCUCCGGCGGUAUAAGAAAUACUAAGGAGAACACCUGCGACGUGUCCAAGCCUUCCGUCUUCACGGACGUGGCCAAGCACAUCGGCUGGGUGCGCAGGAACAUGUGGAACUGAUCCGAAAAGAACUGAAAUCGAAGCCAAAUUAUUACUCUUUCCUGCCUUUUGUGAAUGCAAUGACAAUUAACUGAGAGCUGACAAAUUGUUGGAAGACCCAAGCAGAACCGUAGCUUGAUUUAUUGAAUUUAAACUGGCAUCUACGCAACGGGUAAUUCAAGUCUAGCAACCAUUAAUCAUAAAGUGAAAUAAAUAAACAAAACGACGAAAUGUGUGAACACUACAA